AUUAUUGUUCAUGAGGCUUGCAAUACGUGCUCCAUGGGCCUACAAGUAGUGGGGUUAAAGAAAUAUGCAACGGUAACGAGACGCAACGUAUUCAUGCAUAGUGGGGUGAAAGACAUUUAGCUGGUUUUUCUCCAAAUGACGUCAGUGUUUGAGUGAAAAACAGCGGUCUAAGCCCACGGUUUGUGCGGACAGUCGCAACAGAUUCAUCGAAUUAAUCACCAAGUUCAUUGAUUCUCUCAGUUUCAUGCAUCUCGAGAGUUUAGAUCACCAUCCUGCUAGUAUGCAAUGCGUACCUCUAUACGUAUGCGAACAGACCAUAGAACAUAUCAUCCGAUUUCUUUGUUUCUAAUGCAUACAUUACGUUAGGAGCUAUGACUCUGAAAUCGAAAAACCUAUGUGAUGUCCUCAUCGCCUCACAACACGGCCGGCGACGACCCCAUGGAAGUAUGGACAAUCGGUUUUUUUAAUUCGUAGAUGGACAAGAAAGAUUGCAUUGUUUUGGAUGAGGAUUCUUUCUCUUGACCCACCACCAUUCGUAAUAAGCCCUGGGAUCCCCCUAUUCCUACCGUGUACCAUCAAGCCAGAUACGAGAAAAGGACAACGCAUUAGACAAUAACCCACCAAACUGCAUUCCACAUUUCACAAGUCAUGGCAUCAGGACAAGGAAAAUCACUUAGGAGUUACCUUCAUGCUUGGAUGCUGCCUCAUCCUUCUGGCGGAUAUCCCUAGUCAACAUCGACAAGAUCAACCCCCUUCUCGUGCCAUCCGUUGGCCUCCUCGCUAUAUAUUUCCACCAGACCGCUACUUGAUACUUCCAUUUGCCAGUCAUAAGAACCACAGAAGCUAGAGAAAGCUAGCUCAAGUUUGUAACCUCCCCCACCACUCCAAUGGGUUCAAUCCCUUCCCUACCACAACCCGUGACACCGGAGCCAACCCCGGAGGUCGACCACUUUGGCUACCGGGUGUACGUGUCGUUUUGCCUAAGGCAACCGACGCUAACCACAAAGAACAUAUCUAACUGGAUAGAGUGCUACGACCCUAAUAGCCACACGUGGAGUUACGUUAGCCCGAUUCCCGGGAUAACUGACAGCUAUGUCUUGAAGGGUUUUGCCAUGGUUUCGCUCCGAGACUCGAUCUACAUCAUUGGUGGCCGACUAUGCUACAAGGAAAUGGUUCAUGUUUCGGACGAAUUGGCUGACUUGGUGGACGUGAAGGUCGAGGUCCUAUCUACAGUUCUGCGUUACAAUGUUCGAACCGAUCAAUGGUCCCCUUGUGCACCUCUUCAGACCCCCCGUUCGGAUUUCGCGUGCACGGUAUGCAACGACCAAAUAUAUGUCGCCGGGGGCCAGUCCACUUCGUCUAAUGCUAGGGGAAUUUCAUCCGCCGAGGUGUAUGAUCCGACUCUAGAUGAGUGGAGUUCUUUGCCUAGCAUGAGCGCGUUGCGGUACAAAUGCACGGGGGUCACAUGGAAUGGUAAAAUCCACGUGGUCAGCGGGUUCGCAGAGAGGUUAGACUCGGACUGGCCGUUGCGUGGCAUCGUGGAGCGAUGCUCGGCCGAGGUGUACGACCCCGAGACCGGGAGAUGGGAACUGAGGGCGAAAAUGUGGCAAUUGGAUGUUCCACCUAGCCAAAUUCUUGCCCUUGAUGAUGGCAGGCUGUACAGCUCAGGAGAUUGCCUCAAGGCAUGGAAGGGCCACAUCGAGGCCUACGAUCCCGAGUUCAACAUGUGGAACAUCGUCCCCGGGUCGCAACAAAUGACUCGAUCUUCAGCGGUGCACCCAUUAAAUGUUGCAGACGGCAGAUGUUCACCACCAAUCCACCCAUUAAAUGUUGCGGAAGGCACAUGGCCACCAAUCCAACCAAUGUACGUUACGGUCGCACCGAUCGGGACCCGUCUGUAUUUCUUGGUCGGGUAUCGGACCUCUGGGGACUUGCCGAGGACGAUGUCGAUGGUGCACAUGUUUGACACUUUUGCAAAUGCUAACUACUGGAAGAGUUUUGGGCUGAUUGAAGAGGAUGGAGAGAAAGAGUUUUGUAGCCAUUGUUGUGUUAUUCAGCUAUCUUGAGAAGAACAGAAGCAAAGAGAGUGCUGGCCUGCGUGGAAACCUAUUCCUCAACCUGUUCCUUAUGAUGUUUUGACCACCCAUGAACUCCAAUUCCUAUAUUGCUUUGUCCAUUUCCAUUUUAACAUUCUAAAAUGCUUCUGAUGUUCUCAAUUAAGGGACAGAACAUUAAAUAACAAGAAAGAAGAAGAUACGACCAUACUCUCUCCUUAGGUUUUUCCCUCAGAACUAUUUUCUUGUUGAACAUAUACACUCUCUUCAAGAAACAAAAAAACAAGGAGAAUGUGAAACUUGAGGCAGUGGAGCACAUGUUUUGCCCACAGAAACAGAUUUAGUGAGUGAACAAGAAGACGAUUGAAAGAGUUUUGGAGCAUGCCAGAAGAGAAAAUCAUGGCAGAUUGUUAAGACUGCAGUUUUCUAUGACCGAAGGAAGGAAAAGAAAAAAAAUUACAUAAUAAUCAUCGUGCAUGUGAUUGGUGUGCUAGCUACAUUUGUAUUAGGCUAAUUGAAAACUUGCACUCAAUGACAUUGGCUAAUGUCUAAAUAAAUCUUCGUAAGGCAUGAAGGAUGUGUAAACCGACUUUAAUAUCACAGACACGAUUGAAUGCGUAGGCACGACCAGUACAUAUGUCGGCAAAGAACCAUCCACUGAACUCUGCUAUUCGGAAGAUUCAAGAUUGGCGAUGACGACGAUGAGUUCGAACCUCCCUUCUGUCUGGCAGAGAAGUGAGGAAGCUUUGAUGAUCGAGGAGAAAGCUGUUUUAGCUGAUAGAAAGAACCCUCUUCUUCCGUGUGUCAGAAGGCUGACACACUCACGAGCCUGGAAAAGCUCGACAGAGCAUUAGAAGUCCUAGAGGAGCUGAAAGGAAUAUGCCCCUCCAGAAAGCAGCUCAUAUAUGCUUCGAUGGGCAAGACUUACAAGUCGCGAAACAUGCGUUCUCAGGCGAUGCUUCAUUCUGGGCCCUGCUCUGGAUUUGAAACCAUCGGCAGCUGAUGCUGCAACACAUUAAGGUGAUCUGACUUCUCUCCCUUCUUGCUGAAUCGAAUGAUAUUUUUAACAGUUAUCGAGCUUUAUAAAUCUGCGUGAUGUGCAGUUAUGUGAGAAUGUGUAGGUGACUCCUCCUGCAGCUGAUACGAUUUUCAUGCGGCCUCUUUCUGCUAAGCAUGGCUAUCUUGCUCCUCUCUCUUCUAUCUCAUUUGUUGACAGGCUGCAAUUGAAAAGUUGCACGAUGCAGACGAAAUAGAAGACAGCUUGUAACUCUAAAGGAAAAACUCGAAAGUUCACAAGAGAGCACGGUGUACAUUAUCCGGCUCUGAUUACUCUGAUUACUUGUCCUUGAACGUGGCUUGCUUGUGCAUUCGAGAUUUGGCAAACUUGAAAGACUAGUCCUCAACCCAUUCCAAGAUGAGUGCCCCUUCAUGUGGGCAGGUUCCCUGACCUCAGUUUUGUAGA